GAGGACUUUAUUCACGUUGAACGCACCGGUGAGAAAUUUUCUAAGAAAUACAGAUUGCAUUUCAAGUGUUUUUCGGUGAAAGUGUCCGAGCUGGAGAGGUUGCCCUUUUCUGAUGUGCCUCUAGUUAUAACACAGAUUUUAGAGAAUAUACUAGACACUCUGUUGGAGGGUGUCGGACCGAGCGAAAUGGUCAGGAUGCGAAUGGAUUCGAAGUGUUUGAAUCGACCGAUUUGGACACCGCCCAUUCAACGUUCGCAGCUGACUGUCGCCAGGUGGAUGGCGGAGGUCGCACGUGUAUUAAACUCCUACGAAGAGUUUGUUAUUGACGAAUCCUUUGAAAUCUCUCUCCAGUAUACAGAUAUCCCUAAAGGAACGUGUAAUCGUGAAGUUCCCGCCUUACUACGGAGACGUUUGCAAAAAAUGAGAUCGGUUGUGGUGAUCAAGAAUUCUGAUCAGAUUUGCCUUGCGCGCGCUUUGGUUAUUGGAAAGGCUCAUGCGGAUAAAAACUUGAAUCUGUAUCGGAAGUUGCUGCGAGGAAAGAAACUGCAAACAAAAGAAGCUCAAUGUCUUGUUCACCGAGCGGGGUUUAUUGAACAAGAAUUUAAUCUUCGGCAUCUGCAUAAAUUCCAAGAAAUCUUACAUCAGUAUCAGAUUAUUGUCGUCAGUGUGGACCAUGCGAAUUUGAUUGUCUUCAAAGGACCCGCACAAAAGAAAAGAAUUAUUCUGCUGCAUCACGACCGGCAUUUUGACCUGCUGAACUCACUACCAGCAUUUUUUCAGAAAAGAUACUGGUGCUACUCCUGCGACAAAGGAUAUUCUAAUCGAGAAAAUCAUCGUUGUUCUUUCAUUUGCAAGGCUUGCCUUCGACCAUCAUGUCCAUCGGAAUCAAGCACACUGAUUCACUGCAACGACUGCAACCGAGACUUUUUUGGACAGGACUGCUACACACAGCAUAAGAAAGCAGCUACAAGGGAGAAACCCAAUCAGAAAAGCCUUUGCAGCACGGUGUAUGUUUGCAAGAAGUGCCUGCGGAUAGUCUCGCUGAAACGCAGAAAACCCGGAAACACUCACCAGUGUGGCGAAAUAUUUUGCAAAACCUGCCAGAUUCACGCUCUGCCGCAGUCACACCAGUGCUACAUGCAACCACACAAGGUUAAUGCUGAUGAACUGGAAAUGAAUGAGAAUGCAGAUUUUCUGUACUUUGAUUUCGAAACUUAUGUUCAGGAGGACGGAACUCUGAUACCAAAUCUAGCGGUGGUACAGGAUGACAACGGUAGCGAGUGGGUCUUCCCUGAAGAAGAUGCUCCUCUCAGUGGUGAUGUCACAAACGAGUUGUGCACCUUUUUGUUUAGUGAAAGACACCGGGACCAUUUCAUUAUAGCGCAUAAUUUUAAGUCUUUUGAUGGAUACUUUAUUCUCAAUUGGCUGCUGAAAAAUGGUGUCGUUCCGAAAGUUAUUCUAAACGGUGGGAAAAUACUACAGCUUGACGUGCCUCAGCUCAACAUCAGGUUCCGAGACAGCAUCAAUUAUAAUCCUCAAAGCUUAGCAAAGUGGCCAGCAACGUUUGGCUUACCAGAAAUUAGCAAAGGAACGUUCCCGCACCGGUUUAACCGAAAAGAAAACUGGGACCAAGUGGUUCCCUUCCCGACAAUGGAAGAGUACGGGUACCAAGGUAUGAAUAGCAAGGCAAAGGAGUCCUUCCAACGAUGGUACGAAAAAGAAAAACAGGAAAAGAAUAACUUAUUCGAUUUUCGCAAGGAAUUUGUUGAAUACUGCAAAAUGGACGUUACGGUUCUCCGCUUAUGCUGCCAACAAUUUCGAAAGCUUUUUCAAGAGAUAAGUCAAGGUCUGUGCCCGUUUGUGUCUUCCCUAACUAUUGCCGGUCUGUGCAAUCGAUACUGGCGAUCUUUCAUGUUGAAACCUGAACAAAUUGGAUUACUGCCACAUGGACUGAACGCUCGCAAUCGCCACCAAUCAGUUAAGGCAAAGAAAUGGUUAUCGUGGGUCGAAGAAGAUACGAACCGUUCUGUGCAGUCCGUAAUCAACAGUUCCGAGUACAGGGUGGGACCCUACUAUGUUGAUGGUUACAGUCAAGAUAUCAACAUGGUGUACGAAUUCUACGGCUGUCGGUUUCACGGUUGUCCAAAGUGUGUGGCGCCGACAACGAUGCACCCGUUCCGGAACCUCCCAAUGUCCGAUAUUUACAAAGAAACUAUGGACCGUGAAGAUUACAUACGAAGCCAAGGAUAUAGUGUCACCUGUAUCUGGGAGCACGACUUUGACGAGGAGCUAAAGUCUAAUCCUGAAAUGAGAGCAUUUGUUUCGCGAUUGCACUUUGGCGAGCGUUUGGACCCGCGCGAUGCUUUUUACGGAGGAAGAACUAACGCUGUUAAGCUCUUUCAUCAAGUAGCUGCAGACGAACAGAUUUGCUACUUCGACGUCAAUAGCGAGUAUCCAUUCGUCAACAAGAACAGGCGCUAUCCAGUUGGACAUCCCACCGUAAUUACAAAGAAUUUCCAGGAUAUACGUUCUUAUUUCGGUGUUGUUUCGUGUGAAGUUUUACCACCUGGAGAUCUUCAAUAUCCUGUUCUACCCUAUCGUUCUGGUGGUAAGCUGACCUUUCCUUUGUGCCGCACGUGUAUGGAAAAACAUACGAACAACAAGUGUCAGCAUGCUGACUGUGAACGUACUAUUACCGGCACCUGGUGCACGCCAGAAAUUCAAAAAGCUUUGGACAAUGGCUACAGUAUCGUGAGGAUUUUUGAAGUUUGGCACUUUGACAAGCACGAAGAUCGGCUGUUUGAAAACUACAUUAAUCAGUUCCUCAAACUAAAGACUGAAGCCAGCGGUUGGCCAGCAGAAGUUCGAACCGAGACAGAAAAGCGGAAAUACAUCCAGGACUUCAAGGACCAUGAAAACAUCGACUUGGAGUACGACAAAAUUAAUCCGAAUCCUGGUCUGAGAGCGUUAGCCAAGUUAUGUUUGAACAGUUUUUGGGGCCGUCUUGGAAUGCAGGACAAUAAAUUAAACACAAUGUAUAUCAGCGAACCGGAGAAGUUUUACGACAUGCUGCUGUCGGGGAAACACCACGUUCACUCCUGGGAUCUUUUUACUGACGAUAUUGUGCAAAUAACCUACACUACUGAAAAUGGUUUUGUUGAUCGAAAUCCCCAUACGAAUGUCAUUUUAGCGGCAUUUACAACGUGCUGGGCUCGAUUGCAUCUGCUCAAGUUUAUGGAAAUGGUAGAAGGCCGCCUACUGUACUUUGAUACAGAUUCCAUAUUCUUCGUGACUCGGGCUGGUCUUGCGGAUCCUCCAACGGGAAUUUUUCUUGGCGACCUCACCAACGAAUUAAAGCCUGGACAACACAUUGUACAGUUUGUCAGCUUGGGAGCCAAGACCUAUGCCUAUGUCACCAACGAUGGUGAGAGUGUGGUAAAAGUCAAAGGAUUUACUAUUAACGGUCGAACCAGCGAGCAAAUUAAUUUUAAAGUGAUGUUAGAUAUGCUGGCGAACCGUAGCAUUGUCGAUGUAAAUUAUCCUGAUAUUUUGCAACGUGACAAAUCUAAAAUGACGAUUCGUAAUACGAAUAUGGUCAAACGAUUUCAGGUGACCUAUGACAAAAGACGAAUACUAGAUGAUCAGUAUAAUACGGUUCCGUACGGAUACCAGCUUGCUUAGAGCAAUGAUUUAUUAAAUUCAUCGAUCAUUUCCUGAAUCUCGCGUACCGCUUCUGACAAAUGAGCAGACUGUUUCAAACCCAAAAAGUUACA